CCUCUAGCCUGGGUUGUGCGUUGCUCGUGUGCAUAUAUACACGUACGUCGGGUGAAAUUUCCUGUUGGACGAUGUGGAAGCUGAAGAUUGGCGGGGCCAGUGGGCCGUGGCUACGGUCGACCAGCGAGUUCCUCGGCAGGCAGGUGUGGGAGUUCGACCCCGACGCCGGCACGGCCGAGGAACGCGCCGAGGUGGAGAGGAUGCGUCGGGACUUCACGGAGCACCGGUUCCAGAGGAAGGAGUCCCAGGACCUCCUCCUACGCUUGCAGUACGCAAAAUUAAACUCACUUGGCGUAAAUAAUCCAAAGAUCAAGCUUGAAAACAUUACGGAAGUCACAGAAGAAUGCAUAUCAACAUCAUUGACGAGAGCUCUAAAUCAGUGGUGUACUCUCCAAGCACAUGAUGGCCACUGGCCUGGUGAUUAUAGUGGAAUUUUGUUCAUUAUGCCUAUGUUCAUAUUCUCAUUGUAUGUUACGAGAUCCCUGGACAUAGUUAUAUCCUCGGAACAUCGACGUGAAAUAUGUCGGCAUAUUUACAACCAUCAGAAUGAGGAUGGUGGUUGGGGAAUACAUGUUAGGGGACCAAGCAACAUGUUUGGCUCAUGCUUAAAUUAUGCAGCAUUAAGGCUUCUUGGUGAGAUGUUACAUGGUAAUGAUGCGUUGAUCAAAGGGCAGGAUUGGAUUUUAUCGCAUGGAACUGCAACUCAUGUACCACAAUGGGGAAAGAUAUUUCUAUCAAUACUUGGUAUCUACGACUGGUCAGGAAACAAUCCAAUUAUACCAGAACUAUGGUUGGUUCCAUACUUUCUCCCAAUUCAUCCAGGACGAUUUUGGUGCUUUUGUCGGUUGGUGUAUAUGUCAAUGGCAUACCUUUAUGGGAAGAAAUUUGUUGGGCCCAUUACUCCGACUAUAUUGGCAUUACGAGAGGAGCUCUAUUGUGGACCAUAUGAAAAUAUUGACUGGAAUAAGGCUCGUGAUUCUUGUGCUAAGGAAGACCUUCAUCAUCCACAUUCACAGGCGCAAAGUAUUAUAAAUGGUUGUCUUAAUAGGUUUGUAGAGCCAAUGUUAAAUUAUUGGCCCGCAAACAAGCUAAGGGAGAGAGCUAUGAGUAACCUCAUGGAACAUAUUCAUUAUAAUGAUGAAACAACUGAAUAUAUUACCAUUUGUCCCGUUGACAAGGCAUUGAAUAUGAUAUGUUGUUGGGUAGAAAAUCCAAAUUCAAAUGCUUUCAAGCAACAUCUUCCAAGAGUAUAUGACUACUUGUGGCUAGCAGAAGACGGCAUGAAGGCAAAGAUUUACGACGGUUGCCAAAGCUGGGAGACUCCAUUUAUAAUUCAAGCUUUUUGCUCAUCAAAUCUUAUUGAAGAAUUUGGUCCAACUAUAGAGAAGGCUCAUGAGUUUAUAAAGAAAUCACAGGUUCGUAAAAAUUAUCCAAGUUAUCAAAGUUUUUAUCGCCAUAGAUCAAAAGGUUCGUGGACUCUUUCCACAAUAGACAAUGGUUGGUCUGUUUCUGACUGUACCGCUGAAUCCGUCAAGGCAUUGUUGUUGUUAUCAAAGAUAUUGCCAAAGCAUGUUGGCGACUCAAUAGAAGAAGAAAGGUUGUAUGAUGCUAUUGACUGCAUCCUUUCUUUCAUGAACAAAGACGGUUCAUUUUCUACAUAUGAAUGCAAAAGAACAUAUUCCUGGCUAGAGGUUCUCAAUCCCUCCGAGAGCUUUCAGAACAUUGUCAUCGAUCAUCCAUCUGCUGAAUGCACAGCAUCCGUGCUUGAUGCACUUGUAUUGUUCACUGAGCUGUAUCCAAUGUAUCGCAAAAAAGAGAUAGAAAAAUGUACUGAAAGUGCAGUUAAGUUUAUUCAGAGCAAACAACAGGAUGACGGUUCCUGGUACGGCACUUGGGGCAUUUGCUUCACUUACGGAACCUUCUUUGGGGUAAAAGGAUUAGCUGCUGCUGGAAGAACCUAUAAUAAUAGUUCUUCUAUCAGAAAAGCAUGCAACUUUCUAUUGUCAAAGCAACAAAGUACAGGUGGAUGGGGGGAAAGCUAUCUUUCUAUCGAAACGGAGGUGUAUGUUGACAACGGUGCUCCGCACGCAGUGGACACUGCAUGGGCAAUGUUAGCUUUAAUAUAUGCUGGACAGGUUGAAAUAGAUCCGGCACCACUACAUCGGGCAGCACUAGUGCUGAUGAACAUGCAGCUAGAAUCAGGCGAGUUUCCCCAGGAGGAACAUAUUGGAUGUGCUAACUCCGCCUUUUACUUCAACUAUCCUAACUACCGCAAUGUUUUCCCCAUUAUGGCUCUCGGAGAGUUUCGGCGCCGACUUAUUGCAAACCAGAACAAAGAUGGGUGCAAUUGAGUAUGAGAUACUUGAGACAAACACAUCUCGCAAAAACUUUGCUCAGGCACAAUGUUUUUCAGUGAUGUGCCAUAGUAGUACAUCACGUAUAUGUUUCUGUAGUUUUAGUUUCUGUUAGACUUUCAGAAUUAAUCUCAGAAUGAAUGGGCUAUCAUUG